GUGCAGCAUCCAGCUUGUAUCGCCAUGUCCAGAAGUGAUCUUCCUCUACUGCACUGCCCAACAAGAAGGCACUUGGAUAGUUGAACCCUAUAAAGACGAUAGAAGGGAACAAAGGUCUUAGCAACUCAACCACAUUCAAUCUCUCAAGCCUUUCUCUCAUCUUUAACAAUACACACUAGAAUUUUCUCAAUUCUCAUUUACAACAUGGCAGCCGCAGCCGUCCAGACUUACACUCCCGCUUCAUACGACCACCGCGCCGUGGAUGCCAUGACUGAUGUCGAUGUGGCAGCCCAGCGACUCCAGGAACUCAAUGGCUUGGAUCACAUGAAGUCCUGCAUCAGGGAUGUCUUCAUGAAGCACGGCGUCGACAAGGUGUUUGGCGUUGGUCUCCUCCACCGACACUACGACGUUGCCCCCAACGAGAAGAUCAUCGAGCUUGGCCCAGUCUCAUCUCCCUGGGUUGUAGGCGAUGACGAGGUCGUCACUGGCGGCUCAGUGCUGCCUCAUACCUGGCGCGUCUUCGACGGCGAGCUAAAGCCCACAGAGUUCAAGUUCGUGCCACAGCGUGAUGUUCCCAACGUCGACCGGCCUGUCUUCCCAGCCGCUUUUGUCAAAGAGCUCAUUGGCGUGCUGCAAGAAACAGGCCUUGACGAGGUUCUCGGCGUGAGUCUGUAUGAAGCCGGUGACCCGGAUAACGAGACCAUGGAGGUGACCUACGGCCGCAGCAGCAUCGUCAUCCCAUCCACGGGUCUUAUCGGUUCCAAGGUCAUUGGUCCACAAGGUUUUGACGCAUUCCAAGCCGCCUGGACCUUUAGUAAGAGGGAGGGUGAGGAAGUGGCUGCCCACCAUGGCAUCUGCGCUGCGAAAGGUGUUGAUGAUGGUGUCACGGCUCGCCAUGGAAUCUGUGCAGCUAAAGCUGAGAACGGAGUCGAAGCUAGACAUGGUAUCUGUGCCGUGCAGGCCGCCGAUGACGGGUUUACCGCUCGCCAUGGUAUCUGCGCAGCCAAAGCGAAUGACGGCUUCAAGGCUCACCAUGGUAUAUGUGCAGCUAAAGCUGAAAACGGCGUCGAGGCCCGUCACGGUAUUUGCGCAGUAAAGGCCAGUGAAGGUGUCAACGCUCAUCAUGGUAUCUGUGCUGUCAGAUCCGCUGAGGAUGGCUUGAAGGCUCAGCAUGGCAUUUGCGCCGUAAAGGCUACUGACGACGGCCUCAAGGCCCAUCAUGGUAUCUGCGCCGCAAAGGCCAGUGUUGACGGAGUAACCGCUCGUCACGGCAUCUGUGCUGUUAAAGCUGCUGAUGACGGCAUGACAGCUCGUCACGGCAUCUGCGCAGUAAAAGCCGACGAUGGUUUCAAGGCCCACCACGGCAUCUGUGCUGUCAGAGCUUCUGAGGAUGGCUUGAAGGCUCGUCACGGCAUUUGCGCCGUCAAGGCCACUGAUGAAGGAAUAACUGCUCGCCAUGGUAUCUGCGCUGUGAAGGCAACGGAAGGCAUCAAGGCCCGUCACGGUAUCUGUGCGGUCAGAGCUGCGGAAGACGGUGUCAGGGCGCAUCACGGCAUUUGUGCUGCCCGUACUACUCAAGAUGGCAUCAAGGCCCAGCAUGGAAUUUGCGCUGUGAAGGCUGCUGAUGACGAUAUAACUGCUCGCCACGGUAUUUGCGCUGCACGUCUUGCUGAUGGGAAUGUAAUGAAGGCCUAAGACUGUAGCUUCACUGUCUUGUUCUGUUCUCACAUUGUAUGACCAAGACGAGGCAGCCGAGCAUAUAUGAACCCUGCCAGCUUUAGAGGCACGCAUUAGCGGAUAGUCUUUUGCAGAACUUUCAUUUACGCCUCGUAUAGAAAUAUCAACAAGU